UUCUUCUCAAUAUUAUUUAUUUGAAUAUAGACCUCAAAAUUCAAAGGCUUUCCAAGAACAUUACACUAUAAAAGAAAAGAAGGCUCCUUCUGUGUUUAAUACACAUCUCAAUUCUCAUAGACCGUCCCGUUUCGAAUAUAUCAAUGGCAGAAAAAACAAAGAGGUAUGCAGUUGUUACUGGAGCAAACAAAGGCAUAGGAUUGGAAACUGUGAGGCAAUUGGCCUCAAAUGGAUUCACUGUAGUCUUAACUGCCAGAGAUGAGAAAAGGGGUCUUGAAGCUGUUGAGAAACUCAAAGAAUCUGGCCUCUCAGGUCAAGUGGUUUUUCAUCAACUUGAUGUGGCUAAACCUGCUACUGUUGCUUCCUUGGCAGAGUUCAUCAAAACCCAGUUUGGAAAACUCGAUAUCUUGGUGAACAAUGCAGGGAUUACUGGAAACCAAGUAGACGGUGAUGCUCUUAAAGCUGUAGCAGACACUGGUGCCAUGGAAAGAGGAGAAGUUGAUUGGAGUAAAUUAACGACAGAAACUUAUGAGUUGGCAGAAGAAUGCUUGCAAAUAAACUACUAUGGUGCUAAAAGAACAGCUGAAGCACUUAUCCCACUCCUCCAGUUAUCCGACUCACCGAGAAUUGUUAAUGUUUCCUCUUUCUUUGGGAAGUUAAAGUACAUACCGAGCGGUUGGGCUAAAGGAGUUUUUACUGAUGCAGAAAACCUAACAGAAGAGAGACUAGAUGAGGUACUGACUGAGCUUUUAAAAGACUUCAAGGAGGGUUCACUUGAAAGUAAGGGCUUUCCUUCUUCUUUGUCAGCCUACAUAGUCUCAAAAGCUGCACUGAACGCAUAUACAAGGAUUCUAGCAAAGAAGUACCCCACUUUUCGUAUCAAUUCAGUCUGCCCUGGCUUUGUCAAAACAGAUAUAAACUACAAUACCGGUGUCCUACCCGUCGAAGAAGGCACUGCAAAGGUUGUGAAGUUAGCAUUGGUGCCCAAUGAUGGCCCUUCUGGCUCCUUCUUUGUUCAGUAUGAAGUGUCAGAUUUUUAAUUGAAGAUGAUCCAUUUAUGCAAAUUAAAUACUUGUCAUUUAUUUGGCACGAUCUUGAAGUUUUAAUGUAACAAAGUAUAUUUGGACCCAGCACCAGAUCCUUUUUAAGUUCUUUCUACAUCCAAUAUGACUCGAGGACAACAUACAAUAGUCCUGUAUGAUUGCAUCUCUGUGAAAUUAUCUUCCACAUCUGGAAUUGAUUGAAGGAUCUAGUACAUUGCUUGUUUACAUUUCUACUUA